AUGGCGGACUUGAACGGGAAAAAGGCGGCGCUGGAGCGCGCGAAGCAGGAGCAGGAGGUGGCGCGACAAGCGAAGAGCCAGGCGAAGCAGAAGGCGAAGGAAGAGAGAGAGUAUUACGAUGAGCUGGAAAUGCAAGCCCAAGAAGUUAUCUUCGACGAAACGCAAGCCGCAAAAGACAUAAUCGAUGCUCAAAAUCUACUGGAAACGGCCAAAACGAGCUUGGAGGAGCAAACGAAGAUCGCCGCGGAGGCGCUUGCCGAAGCUACCUCUGCGGCUCGGGCGGCGGCGAGGCUCGGCACUCCCGAAGCGAAGGCGUACCAGCUGGAAGCGCAUAACGUCAAGCUGCAAUCGGAUCGAAUCUUGGUGGCGGUUCAGAAGCAGGUGAAAGAUGCGGAGUAUCGGGUUCAGUCGCGGACGAAGGAGCACGAGAAUAAGGUCCAGGACAAAGCCAACACACGAAAGGCCGCCGACGAGCAGAAGGUGAUAAAGGAAAAAGCGGAGAAGGACGAGAAAGACUCGACCACGAUGUACCAGCAGAAAAUUGCUAGCGCUAAGGCAGCGGACACGGAUGUGAAAGCGUCGAACGUGAUUGCGCAGCAGAAGCUGGCGGUGCAGCGCAGCGUCAAGGCCAAUCUUAAUGCUAAGGCGGCGGCUCGCGCGAGCCAGGAGAGGACUGUGGAAAUGCUGACGACCAGGUAUAACUCGAUGAAGGCAAAUGCGGUUAACGCGGAGGCGGAUGAAAACUAA